UCAAGAUGGCCGCGCAGGACGAGCUGAAUCAGUUGGAGCGCGUGUUCCUGCGCCUGGGCCACGCCGAGACGGACGAGCAGCUGCAUGACGUCAUAUCCAAGUUCCUGCCGCCGGUUCUCCUCAAACUGUCCAGCGCUCAGGAGGGCGUGCGCAAAAAAGUCAUGGAGCUGCUGGUUCACGUCAAUAAGAGGAUCAAGAGUCGGCCCAGGAUCCAGCUCCCUGUGGAGACGCUGCUGGUGCAGUACCAGGACCCGGUGGCCGUCUCUUUCGUCACGAACUUCACCAUCAUCUACAUAAAGUUGGGCUACCCCAGACUGGACGUGGCCAAACAGUGCGAGCUGGCGCCCACCCUGCUCACGGCCAUGGAGGGCAAACCGGAGCCCCAGCAGGACAGCCUCAUGCAUUUGUUGAUAUCCACGCUUUACCACAUGAAGUACCCGACUGAACCCUCCAAACCGUCGCCCUUCCUGCUCACCGAGAAACCCAAGACGGUUCAUCAGCUCCUGGAGUUCAUGCUGGAUGUGCUGCUGAUGCCGUACGGGUACGUGUUGAACACCUCUCCACAAGGGGGCGCCGCAGCAGGAGGAACUGGAGCAGGCCUCCCUCAGCCCCCGCCAGGGAUGAGCCUCUGCGCCGUCAAAAGGGUGAUCGGAGAGGCGCAGUGGAGCCCCGAACAGCUGGAGCAGUGCAAGCUGGGGGUCGUGAAGUUCAUCGAGGCGCAGCAGGUCCCCGAGGUGGAGACGGUGGUCCACCUGGUGGUGGCCUCCAGCGACACCAGGCACAGCGUCGCCACGGCGGCCGACCUGGAGCUGAAAAGCAAGCAGAGCGUCGUCGACUGGAACGAUCCGCUGAUCAUCAACAAGAUGUUCAAGGUCUACCUCGGGGACCUCCCGGUCAAAACGAAGGGUACGGCGAUGAAGCGGGAACUGAAGCACGAGCCGGUCAGCACCAGGGUGAAGCUGAAAAUCCUCCCUCACCUGCUUCGCUCCAGACUCGCCGCCGAGUGCUUUCCCGCCAACAUCCAGGUGGUCUACGACGGGCUGUUCGGAGCCAACACCAACAAUAAACUCCUGUCUCUGACCCUCCAGUUUGUGCACCACAUCUGUGCCGUGUGCCCCGAUUCCAACAAGCCACUCGGUCUGAUGCUGCUGAACGGCCUCACCAAGCUCAUCAACGAGUACAAGGAGGAUCGGAAGUUGCUCUGCUUGGCGUACUCCGCCGUCGGGAAGCUCUCCAGCCGGAUGCCUGAGCUGUUUACCAAGGACAUCGCCCUGGUCCAGCAGUUCUUCGAGUCCAUGUGUAAGGAGGAAGCGGACGUCAGGCUGGCCAUACAGGAGGCUUUGUCUAUGAUGGUGGGCGCCUAUGUCAACCUGCAGGGGGCGCUGCUGAAGCUGAUGGAGGCUCUGGUGGCCGCGUACAUCGGAAAGCCGGAGGCGCAGGUGCGCCAGGUGGCCCUGAAGUUCGCCAGCACCGUCUUCGCCCCCGACCACGUGCCGUCCAGAUACCUGCUGCUCCUGGCUGCCGGAGAUCCUCGUGACGAGGUGGCCGGAGAGGCCAGACGCGCCCUCAGAUCCGCCCCGUCCAGGAACGCCGAGCAGGAGGGAUUGAAACCCAUGCCCUCCUUUCCCGAGAUGGUCCGCUACAUUGAGGACAAGGCCGCGGAGAGGAUGAAGACUCCUGCCAAGUACGUCAUCGGAGCCUCCACGCUCCCUUUCAACCCUGCUACGUUCGAAGAGAUCGUUUUGUACCUCCGGACGUGUCUGGCCCGCAGCUCGGGUACCACCCCGGCCUCUCGGAGCCUGGCGGACAUGCAGGACGACGCCCCGGCCAUCGGGCGCUACGUCCGGUCGCUGCUGGAGGAAGAGCCCGCCCACACGUACGGACGGGCCAAUCCGGUUCAGGUCUACCUGGAGCUGCUGCAGCAGCUCGUCUCGGCCGUCGGGGGGACCCCCGGCAUGUACUGCUUGUUGGAGGUGGUGUCCGUCUGCCCUCAGAGACUCGCGCCCGGGUUCGCCAGCAGGAUCGACUGGAUUAAAGGUCUGAUGAACACCAACAAGGAGGACAUGCGUGAGCUGGCCGCUCAGCUCUACGCCCUGGUGGUGUCCAGCAUGUCGGGCAAUGAGCUCGCGUGGGCGGUGCAGCACCUCAUCAAGAUCGCCAAAGACGCUCACAGUCCGGAGACUCAGCACGGCGCCAUCCUGGCUCUGGGCUACAUGGUGGGCAGGUACACCAGCCGGAAACGCGCCUCCGCUCCCUGCAGCCCUGAGGACGAGGACAUGAUCAAAGUGGCUACGGAAACCAUCGGAACGUUCCUGGGCCACACCUCUCCCCUGCUGACGCUGGCCGGCGUCACGGCUCUGGGAGAGAUCGGCCGUAACGGAGCGCUGCUGAUUCCGGACGGGGACGGAGGCGGAUUCACCAAACUCAGCCUGGUGGAGAACCUGCUCGCCAGGAUCACGUCCGGCAAAGAGAGCGGCAAGAUGAAGGAGAGGGCGAUCCAGACACUCGGCUUCCUGCCGGUGGGAGACGGAGAGUUCCCUCAUCAGAAGAAGCUCCUGCAGGGACUCAUGGAUUCGGUCGAGGCCAAGCAGGUGGAGCUGCAGUUUACGGUAGGAGAGGCCAUAACCAGCGCCUCUGUGGGGACCCGCUCUGGUGCUGCCCGAGACGUCUGGACCUGCGCGGAAGACCAGUACUGCCCCCCUGAGGAUGUAAAGAACAACGAUGUGGUGCCCUGGGCGUUGAGCGCCAUCCUGUCCAAGUACGUACCGAGUCCGAAUCCUCACGUGCGCCAGGCCGCCUGCAUAUGGCUCCUGUCGAUGGUCAAGAAGCUGAGCUGGCACACAGAGAUCCGGUCUCGGCUGAAGGAGAUCCAGACGGCCUUCGUUUGCGUCCUCUCCGACCAAGACGAGCUCAGCCAGGACGUGGCCUCCAAGGGUCUGGGGAUGGUGUACGAGCUGGGAGGAGAGCAAGACCAGCAGGAACUGGUGUCCACCCUGGUGGAAACUCUGAUGACCGGGAAACGAAUCAAACACACGGUCUCGGGGGACACCGAGGUCUUUCAGGCCGACGCCCUCGGCAAAGCGCCCGACGGGCAAGGCCUCUCCACCUACAAGGAGCUUUGCUCGCUGGCUAGCGACCUGAACCAGCCGGAUCUCGUCUACAAGUUCAUGAACCUGGCCAAUCACCACGCCAUGUGGAACUCCAGGAAGGGGGCGGCGUUCGGCUUUAACAUCAUCGCGGCUAAGGCCGGCGAGCAGCUGGCUCCUUUUCUGGCCCAGCUAGUGCCACGGCUGUACCGGUAUCAGUUCGACCCCAACCUGGGCAUUCGGCAAGCCAUGACCAGCAUCUGGGACGCCCUGGUGACCGACAAGAGCACCGUGGAUAAAUACUUCAAGGAGAUCCUUCAGGACGUCAUGUCCAACCUCACCAGCAACAUGUGGAGGGUUCGAGAGUCCAGCUGCCUGGCUCUGAACGACCUGAUCCGGGGACGGCCGGCAGACGACAUCAUCGACUACCUGUCCGAGAUCUGGGAGACGCUCUUCCGGGUGUUAGACGACGUCAAGGAAACGGUCCGCAAGGCAGCAGAUUCGACCCUGAAGACCCUCAGUAAGGUGUGUGUACGGACCUGCGAGUCGAGCGGCGCUUCGGCUCAGAGGACCGUCGGAGUGCUGCUGCCGAUCCUGCUAGAUAAGGGCAUCGUGAGCAGCGUGCAGGAGGUGCGCGCUCUGAGUGUCCAGACCCUGGUGAAGAUCAGUAAGACGGCGGGCAGCUGUCUGAGGCCGCAUGCCCCGCGCCUGGUCCCGGCUCUGCUGGAGGCGCUGAGCGUGCUCGAACCGCAGGUGCUCAACUACCUCAGUCUGAGAGCCACCGAGCAGGAGAAGAGCGCCAUGGACACCGCCCGGCUGAGCGCUGCCAAGUCUUCACCCAUGAUGGAGACCAUUAACAUGUGUUUGCAGCAUUUGGAUGUCUCGGUGUUGGGAGAGCUGGUCCCCAAACUCUGUGACCUUCUGAAGAGCGGAGUCGGACUUGGAACCAAGGGCGGCUGUGCCAGCGUGAUCGUGUCGCUGACCGUCCAGUGCCCUCAGGACCUCACGCCCUACUCAGGGAAGCUGAUGAGCGCGCUCCUGAACGGGAUCCACGACCGCAGUGUGGUGCUGCAGAAAUCCUUCGCCUUCGCCAUCGGCCACCUAGUCCGAACGGCGAAGGACAGCAGCGUGGAGAAGCUCCUGCAGAAACUCAGCACCUGGUACCUGGAGAAAGAAGAAGCGGUGUACAAGUCGUCGUGCUGCCUGACCGUUCACGCCAUCAGCCACUACAGUCCCGACGUGCUGAAGGCUCACGCCGGCGUGGCGCUCCCGCUGGCGUUCCUGGGCAUGCACCAGCAGUCCGACGAACAGGGGGACACCGCCGACGCCGACCUCUGGGCCGAGGUCUGGCAGGAACACGUACCAGGCAGUUUUGGCGGCAUCAGGCUGUACAUGACCGAGCUCAUAGCCAUUACCCAGAGAGCCUUGCGGUCUCCAUCCUGGAAGAUGAAGGCUCAGGGCGGGGCUGCCAUGGCCACCAUCGCCAAGCAACAGACGGGCUCUCUAGUGGCACCGUACCUGGGCAUGGUGCUGACCGCGCUGCUGCAGGCUCUCGCCGGACGCACCUGGGCCGGCAAGGAGGAGCUGCUGAAGGCUGUCGGCUCUGUGAUGUCACAAUGCAGCGGCGAGCUGCAGAAGCCGGCGCCCGGUCAGCCGACCGUCCGGCAGGUGCUGGACACCGUGCUGAAGGAGUGUAAGAAGGAGAACCUGGUUUACAAGCUGGCGGCCCUGCGGAGCGCGGCGAACGUUUUGGAGGCCACAGAGGAGGAUCGAUUCCAGGAGGUGGCCGACAUCCUGUUCCCUCUCAUCAGAAAGGACGGACCGGCGAGCGGCGGGUCGCCGAAGGACCGGGACGACGAGGACGCCAGAGAGCGCGAGCUGCAAACCGAUGUCCUUCUGUGUGCGUUCGAAACGCUGGGAAAGUCCUGGCCCGGAAAUCUAGAGACGCAGGGUCGUUACCAGGCUGAAGUGUGCGGGCUGAUGUGCGACAGGUUGAGACUGAGCACGUGGAGGGUCCAGCUGGGGGUUUUACACUGCAUGAAGGCUUUCUAUCAGAGGUUACUCCUCCUGGAGAAGGAGCACCAGAACGCCCCGCUCCUGACCGACCUCCUGACCGACACGUGCUCCUCGCUGGCGGUGCCGCUGGAGAACAAGAACUACUCGUCCGUCAGGACCGAGGCUCUGGCCGUUCUGGAGCUGCUCCUGAAGAGAAUCGGAGACAGCGACCAGUGGGACCGCCUGUCGGAGAAGAGCCGCCAGCAGCUCCAGCGCUCCCUGGCCACCAUGGAAACGGACAGCCGGCCCGAGCUGAAGGACAAGGCCCAGACCCUCAGGAGGAAGAUCCAGGGUCUGCCGUGAGGGUUCACGUCUAACCAAAACGCACCCUAUGGUGCGAACCUGCUGACUAAAACUUGCACUGGGAAUACUCUGCUGCUCGCUGAUACGGGCGGGACACACUCCACUGGUUGUAUGGGUAUUAUGGGACGCAGAGAUGGGCGGAGGUUAUAACGCUUGCAUGUUACGAGGUUCGGUCUUUUAGGAAAAAUAAACUGCUGUUUUUGUUCCCCAGUCGAAAUAAAAGCGUCCAAACAUUUAUGAAA